GCCACAAGAAGCACCAGAACGACACGUAGAGGAACGUGCGGCUCAAGUCUCGUCAGGAUCAGCAUGGCGUAGAUCCACGUCACAUAGCUGGAGGUCAGGUGCAGGAACGUGGGCGUGGAGCAGAGAGGAGCACGCUGCCAGGGCAGGACCGCACGAGCAACACAGAGACAGGCGCGGAGACGAGGCCACGCGGUGCCAGCGGAUAGGAGCCCCAUGGUGGCAGGGAGGGGCACGCUGCCGGGGCACGGGCAACGCAGAGACGGGCGGGGAGAUGAGGCUGCACGGUGCCGACGGAGAGGAGCCUCACGGCGGCGGGGCCGGAUGAAUCAGGCGAGCACACGGUCCGCCAAUGGUGGUGGGGGCGCACGAAGGCUGCUCCAGCUCAUGCAUUCGUCGGAGGCGCAGCAGGCCGCGCACGCCACGCCAGAGAACAAGCAGCCCGCGUCCGCUGGAGAUCAGCCCGCUCGGAGAGAGCCAGCAGGCCACCGUGCCAAUCUCUCCCGUGCCGUGGAGCUGGAGGAGAAGAGGUGCUUCGGGGAGGGAGAAGGAAUGCGGCCUAGCAACACGUGCUAGACGACGUGGAGGAAGCUGUAGAAGAAUGUGGAAAGAUUUGAGUGGGUCUGUGCUGACGGAAACGGCGUGCGGGUGUAUUGCUGACCAAAGGAGACAAUGAAUGGGCAAUACUGAGUAUGAACUUAAACUAAGGGUAGAAAUGAGUAUUGUAGCGAAACUGAGGUACCAGUAUAAAAAUCCCGUUAUAUAAUCA